UACUGCUGCUGCUGGAGCUGCCGCUGCUGCUGCUGACACACAAACCGGCUGUCCUGCACUGAAACGGGGCGCCCAACUGCCACAGUUCACCAUCUCACCUGGAAGGAGUCGCUCUGUUGCACUUUAAGUGUUCAUCACUCAGCAGCUUCAACAUGAUCAAGAACGGACACCACCACCACCAAGUCAACACGGCAGCCGGGAAAGACGCAGGGACGACCCCCGGCGCUGCAGCAUGCAGUCCCGAGAAGAGGAGGCGAAGAAUCCGGGUGUGGUGUGAUGGCUGUUACGACAUGGUUCAUUAUGGCCACUCCAACCAGCUGCGGCAGGCCAAGGCCAUGGGAGAUUACCUCAUCGUUGGAGUACACACAGAUAGUGAGAUUGCAAAGCACAAGGGUCCGCCAGUCUUCACUCAGGCAGAAAGAUACAAGAUGGUGCGGGCCAUAAAAUGGGUGGAUGAGGUCGUGGAAGGUGCGCCAUAUGUCACCACCCUCCAGACCCUCGACAAGUACAACUGUGACUUCUGUGUGCACGGAGAUGAUAUAACACUAACAGUGGAUGGGAAAGACACAUAUGAAGAGGUGAAGAAGUCAGGGCGAUACAGGGAAUGCAAGAGAACCCAGGGAGUUUCAACCACAGAUCUGGUUGGCAGGAUGCUACUGAUGACCAAAGCGCAUCAUAGCAACAUUGAUAGUUCAGACUAUCAGCAGCACACAGACAACUUUGGAAAGAAGGGCCACAGUCCCUGGACAGGGGUGUCUCAGUUCCUGCAGACCUCACAGAAGAUCAUCCAGUUUGCCUCUGGCCAGGAGCCUCAACCCGGAGACACUAUCAUCUAUGUGGCAGGAGCCUUUGACCUCUUCCACAUCGGCCAUGUGGACUUCCUGGAAGCAGUGCAUAAGCUUGCAGAAAAGCCAUACAUUAUAGUGGGGUUGCACUUUGAUCAGGAGGUGAACCGCUACAAAGGGAAAAACUACCCCAUCAUGAAUGUCCAUGAGAGAACCCUCAGCGUCCUGGCAUGUCGAUAUGUGUCAGAAGUGGUGAUUGGUGCACCCUUUGCAGUCACAAAAGAUUUGCUGGACCAUUUUAAGGUGGAUCUUGUAUGCCAUGGGAAGACAGAAAUAUAUCCCGACAAGGAUGGCUCUGACCCGUAUGCUGAGCCAAGGAGGAAAGGAAUCUUGCGUACUGUUGACAGUGGGAACAGCCUCACUACGGAUGCCAUUGUGCAAAGGAUCAUCAAAAACAGGUUGCUAUUUGAAGCAAGGAACCAGAAGAAAGAGGCCAAAGAGAUUGCUGUGAUUCAGGCCAUGAAACGACAAGAGGAAGAAAAGACAAAAGAAAGAGCCCAGGCUGUUUUGUAGGAAGGCCCCAAACAAGCACCAUUGACUAAGUGUCAACAUAACACUGACAAGCUCAAUUAAUCGAAACUCAUGUAAAUCAACUUUUUUAUAUGUUAUGACACCCUCCACACACGAUUCUGGUUAAUAACAGCAGUCCUUGCAACAGCCCAUUGAUAGCCAGGGCGGCAUAGUCUGCUGUGGGAUCAUCAGGCAUACAGCAUGUGUGUGUGUGUGUGUGUGCGUGUGCGCGCACAAGUUUGUGGGGGGAUCGUCUGUCUAUUAAUAUAUUCAGCAUAUGCAAAUAUAUGUUUAUGUCAGUCAACAAUCACAGUUAUGGACAGACAAAAGUUAGAGCAAGGAAGAUCUAUUUUAUGUCUUCUGAUAUUUUUGAUUCCUAAAGUACUUUUAUUUUUUUGCCUUCAAAAAUAUUGAAUUUUUAAGUGUUAUAUUAUGGGAUUUAGACAUAUGAAGGGCAAGUGUGGGGUCCUGAGAUGUUGUUCAGACAUUAAACUGUAACCAGGAAGUGAUUUGAUUGGUCAUUUUCAUGGGGUUGUUGCUGCUUUCUGCCCAGCAAUGGGUGGAGCCCCGAAACUGACCUAUCUAUGUAUAUACUGUAUGUACUGUAUCUAUGUAUUAUAAAGUCAUUACUGGCUCUCUGGAGGACGCUAAAACCACUAGAAUAUUAGAGCUAGAUAGCAGUAUCGGCAGCCAGAGUUGGGCCAGUUUAUUUGGCCUGGUUCUGGGGCGUCACUCAUUCCGAGUCUUAGCCAGUCAGCCAACCAGAUGCAACCCCAACUUAUUUCUUUCAGUGUGCAAAGUUUGAGCUGAUGCUGGGUCAGGUCAUUCCUUUAAUGAUGCCUAGUGAUGGCAAUGGCAGCCGCCAGAAUUUGGCCAUUUUACUUGGCCCCAUUCUGGGUCCAAGCCGAGUAGGGGAACCAAAUGCAGUCCAACAUAUUUUUUACGGCAUACCGAGUUUGGGCUGAUACUGGGCCAGGUCUUUUUGAUAAUGGCCCCUUGAUGGCAAUGUCUACCAGCCACAAACGGGCCAUGUUACUCGGCCCUAUAUCAGGUCUAAGCCAAGUAGGGCAACCAGACACGACCCAACUUAUUUCUGGAGUUUUGGCUGAUGCUGGGCCAGGUCAUUUUGAUGACCGCCCAGAGAGGCCAUCGCCAGAAUCAAGCCAGUUUAUUCAGCUCAAUUCCUGAGUCAAUUCAGCUGGGCACCUGGAUUUGACCCAACUUAUUUCUUCUGGCAGACCUAUUUUGGGCCAAUGCGGGGCCAUGUCAUUUUGAUAACAGCCCAGUGAUGGCAAUGUUGGCAGCUGGAAUCAGGCCACUUUAUUUGGCCCGGUUAUGUGGCGUCAUUCAUCUGGAGUCGCUGCCGCAACUGGUGGGGCCUAACAUUUUUCUUCUGGUGUGCUGAGUCCAGGCCGAUGCAGGGCCAGGUAGUUUUGGCUACCUUGGCUGCUUAUCUGCAUCUUACUGGGGUUGUUUGGAUGUCAGAAGGUGUUGAAACUCUUUGGGGACCUCAUGUACAUAUCAGACCUUUCUCCAGACUGCACUGACUGCUCAGAAAUCAUCAGAACUGUUUCUGUUUUACUGGUAGAGCAGGUUUUUAACUCAACAAUGCCUGGCCUUUUGAGUGCAAUUGUAUUUUUUUAAACCACUCCUUAGGUUUAUCCUAAUAUAGGGAGCACUACAGCGUUUUAACAGACUGCUUUUAACCUUUUGUUUUAAGAGUAUAUCUAGAGAACUAUGACAGAUGCUCAGUGUUGUUGACUUGAUCAUGAAAUAGACCUCUGACUGUCAUUGAGCCCUGAACAAUUUAACCUCUGUCUCUGUAUCAAAUGGGAUUAAAUAAUAUAUUUUUUGUAGAUGUAUAUUUUACUCACGUCCUCUCCAUUAACUACUGUAUAGAUGGUUUCAUAUUGUUUAAAAAAAGCCCAUAAUAAUAUGUCUGUAUGUCAAGUUGGAAUGUAUUCAGUGUAGGCUAUAAUGUGUAUGUUAUUGUCAACUCCCAGUUGAUGAAUACUGUAGAAACUGAUUGGAAUACAGUAUACUGUUGCUUAUAAUAAUAGCAUUCUAAUCUGAAA